AUGAGAAGAUGGAACGGUCUGAGAGCGCCUACAGUCGCAUUCAACACGCGUGGGCGAUGUGUUAGGCAGGUGUUGUGCCCGCUACAACACCUUCGACCAUACCAGCAAGCCACCGCGAAUGACCGCCAUCGAGAUGCCCCAGACCAAGUCAGGCCAAACAGGAAUACCACAACCCUUUCACAGUAUGCCAUUUUCAGCAGGAUCAAAGCACCUGAACGUCGUCUGGAAGAGUGGGCCGCUCUGCUCGAUGGAGCAUUGCCGCCGCACCUCCGCGAAUGGAGCACAACGCCGCCCUCCUUGAGCGCUAUCGAUGCUGCGGAAAUCCUGCUGGCAGCGCAGUACCCCUCCGAACCUAAAGAUGAACCAUUCGACCUUUUGUUUCACCUAGGGAUGGAAAAGGGACGAUGGAGUGCAGUCGUCUGGCUGAUCAAACGAUUGGUCGAGAAGUUCGCUGUGCGACACGAAGAGGAUUCGGGCUUUGCAGCCGCCAACGCAAUGUGGAAUAUAGGUCGCUCUUUGGAAGCUGCCACUGAUGGGCGCGUGGGUGGGAGAGCCGAAGCUCUGGCACUGGACUUUCCACUAAAUGACGCAUCGUCUGCACGUGUAGCAAAGGCCUCGCUCGAUGAGCUUACAGCUGGUCGCACAGCGGACUUCGCAUCCCUGGAGAAAAUGCAACACAACGCAUUGGGCCAAAUAUGGCGUACGCUCGGUGCCAUGACCAAAGUAUGCGCUGGCGGCGAUAUCAGGGCAGAAGUCCUGGAGAUCAUUGCAUACCUUCAUCACAAAGAGGUCAUGCCGGUAUCCAUCUACCACUCCGAACCACAUCCAGAUCCCUCUGCUGUGCAGCAGCCACCAUUACUGUCACUUCUCUCGUCCCGCAUCCUCACAUCAUUGUCGGAUGCUGCAUGGCGCGCCCACGAGAAACUCGUGGUCGAGGAGGCCAAGGCAAACGACGCGCGAUAUCUCGGCCUUCGACCCGAAGUGCCUGGCUCUGUCUAUCGGGUGCGCGUUGCAGGUCUACGCAUCGAAGUCUGGAUGGAGCUCAUAUUAUGGUCAUGUCUUCAUGGAGGCUGGGCAGAUCAAGGCGCUGAGAUCCUAAACAUGAUCUCGUAUGAUUCUAGCUGGACAGCAGUCUCGUGGCGAGAGUACGCUCGUUCCAUACAUUCUGGUAAUCGCUUCGAUGAGUCCUGGGAGUAUGCUUUCAAGACAAGAGCAUCCUCGAGCAUGGACGCACCUCAAGGAGAACAACUUCAAGUCGAGCGAACUGUCAGUGCAGAAGUUGUAAAUGCAUACGUCGAUGCAGUCGCUUGCACUGUGCACACUGGGCAAACUGAUCCAGAGUUGACCAUUGCAAGCACCCACAAACUGUUGCGCAGGCUCAAAAGUUUACUCACAAGAUCAAAGUCUCAGCUUUCUAUCAGCACGGGCUCAUGGGAUGCACUGAUUCUGCGUUCGCUGGAUGCGCAAGGUGUGAAGUUUGAGGCCAAUGCCAUGGUAUCGGACAUGCUAGUAUCACUUUCGCCUGGACUCGAUCAGGGCCUUGAGCGGAAGAAUACCCAGGACCUUCCUUCGUAUGUUCUGGACGGUGGUAUGGCCAUGCAAGGGAUUUUGCACAGGGUUCUAUAUGGGCAGAUCGCUAGCGGUAAUUAUGAAGCAGCCGUGGCAGCAUUCUCGCGCAUUCAAAACCGGGCGGACCGUGACAAGAGGACAUCGCUUGAAAGCUUCAUCGGGCAGGGACAGCCGCUGAGGCCCCUCUCCGAAGAUGAUCUGUUUACGAGCAACCUCCCGGGAAUCGAGUACCCAGCAUUCGAUGUUCAAAUCCCGACCAGUAUCUUGGGAUCCUUUCUCGAUCUCGUCACGAAGGCCGAGGAUUGGCAUCUCGGUCGAUGGCUACUUCACAAUGAAGACGUUGACGGUCCCUUGAUCAGAUCAGAGAUGUAUCAUGACCCCUUCCUUGAACCAGCAGUGAUUCGCUACGCAGUGGAGUCCAAUGACAAAGGUCUUCUCGCCAAAUUCAAGGAUCGAAACUUGCGUCCAGAGUCGCUACGGGCUAUAUUUGAUACUCAAAUCGAGGCGAAGCAUUGGGACGCAGCAAUCAAGAUCUUAAAACUUCUAUACGAGCGUCGCAAGAGCUGGAACAUGACCAACCUUGCGCGUGUGGCGCGCGUGAUGCUGAAGGAACUGGCCAUGCUUGCUACCGGCGACAUUGGCGCCGCACGUGAAUUCGAAGCAGUCAAAAGGGUGUUUUGUGACAUGUGCUCAGGGCGUUAUCUCAGCCAUAAACGCAUGACGGACGCACAUGCACUUAACGUCAGAAAUCUGCUUGUUGUGCUUGCCGCCGUCCGAGAACCGUUGGCAGAAAUCUGCCUGGAGAUCAUGUCGCCGACCAAACGACGCUAUGAUUGGUUCUCGCUGAAUAAGACGGAUUUCAAUAUCGUGCUCAGCGGCGUUGUAGAUGUGCAUGGCAGUGCCGCGGGCCGGCGUCUGCUAGAGGUGUUCUGGCCGCGCUCCGCUCGUAGUGUCACCGAUUCUGCAGCCCGGAUGUCGCGAACGCGAGGCCAUCUUGCAAGAGUGCCUGGAGGCCGUCCAGAUCCACUUGAUAGUAUCGAGCGCAACAGAAUAGCAGUUCGUGUUCAUGAAGGAGCUAUAGAUGAGCAAGAGCUUGUCGUGUAUGGGGGCCUAAUUCCUAACAGCGAGACGAUCCUGAUCAUUCUCUGGAAGGCCCUGACGGAGGUUGGUUCCAAGCAGCAAGAUAAUGCUCAUUCCGCGGGACAUUCUGCCAUUACUGCCGCUGGUGAUGAUGACGAUGGCGCUGUCCUUACCUCUAAAAGCAUGGUCGCUUGGGGCAUUCGGCGCUUGGCAGAGUUACCAUACGUUGACAUCAGUGUCCUCGAGCAGAUAGAUGGCUUUUUGGCUGCCCAUGAGAUGCACGACCUUCGAGCUCACUUGUCUGAAAUCGUGCACGAUGCCAAGCGCGAUAUCGUCGCGGAAUUUGAAGAGGAAAACCAAAUACCCCAUUCCUCUGAGGUCGAUGGCCAUUGA